AUGGAAGCAGAUGGACCAGCCAAAGCUCCGGGGACCCCGUCUCCUGCUGAUCUGAUUCUCCAGCAGAAGAAAGAUGCGGUGCAGGCGCUGCCGCAACCCAGCGGAGAUGGGGGGAUCUUUUCGCAGCUGUCUAACAACCCUUUUUUCACUGCGGGAUUUGGUUUAGCUGGUCUAGGAGCAGCUCUGAGCCUCGCUCAAAAAGGUCUACGGCACGGUGCAGCUCUCCUCCGCAGGCGCCUGUUGGUUGACGUCGAGAUCAACAUCAAGGAUGAUUCAUACCCGUGGUUCUUGCACUGGAUGACCCUUUACCAGCAGUCGCAGCUGAACGGCGCUCGCUCAGCUGCUAAUGGUGCUAACAAAGGAGGGUUUAUGGAGUUUCUCCUCCAGAAAUUGACGCCCGGGAUGCGACAUCUCUCGAUUCAGACGCAGAAAAUCGAGCAUUCCAACGGCGCCAUACACACACAUUUUACCCUCAUUCCGGGACCGGGAAAACAUAUUUUACGCUACAAGAACGCCUUCAUUCUAGUCAACAGAGUCCGCGAGUCCAAAUCACGGGAUCAUCAGACAGGCCGCCCGUGGGAGACAGUAACGCUGACCACUCUAUAUGCUCAUCGCCACAUCUUCGAGGACCUGUUCACAGAGGCGCAUGCCAUUGCAGCUAAGUCGCAUGAGGGGAAGACGGCCAUCUACAACAGUUGGGGGACGGAGUGGCGACAGUUUGGGCACCCGCGGCGAAAACGCCCGCUGGAUUCCGUGAUCCUGGACAAAGGAGUCAAAGAACGGAUUGUCGAGGACGUUAAAGACUUCCUUGCAAGCAGCAAGUGGUAUUACGACCGUGGGAUUCCUUACCGGCGUGGUUAUUUGCUUUAUGGACCCCCGGGGACCGGCAAGAGCUCGUUCAUCCAAGCCCUAGCGGGGGAGCUCGACUAUGAUAUUGCGAUUUUGAAUCUGAGCGAGCGUGGGCUGACGGAUGACCGGCUAAAUCAUCUUUUGACGAUCAUUCCCAACCGGACUAUCGUUCUCUUGGAAGAUGUCGAUGCCGCCUUCUCGAACCGCAGGGUUCAGACGGAUGAGGACGGAUACCGUGGUGCCAACGUGACAUUCUCGGGCCUGUUGAAUGCGCUCGACGGCGUCGCCAGUGCUGAGGAACGGAUCAUCUUUCUGACCACAAACCAUGUCGAGAGACUGGAUGAGGCGCUCGUCCGGCCGGGUCGUGUCGACAUGACUGUCCGGCUGGGCGAGGCAACCAGAUAUCAGGCUGCUGCUUUGUGGGACCGCUUCUACGGAGAGUAUGACCAGAAUGGGACAUACAGGCAGGCCUUCCUUGAUCGACUUGAAAAGCUUGGACUCAUCGAGGACGAACAUGGCCACAAGGCUGAUUGGUCUAAGGGCACCAGUACCGCCGCGCUGCAGGGGUUGUUCUUGUACCAUAAAGGUGAUAUGGAGGGGGCAAUCUCUGCCGCAGAUCACUUGGUACAAUCUGUAUAUGAUCAACGAUGA